UCCUCACACCACGCACAAACGCAGCACGCCGUUGAACAAGUUUUUUGAUCCAUCCAUCUUUUUAUUAAACCAACAGUUCUAAAAAAUUUCGACAAACAAUUGAACAAUUUGUUUUGUUUUUUGUUUUGUUUUUUAUCUCGAGCGAUUCGAGAAGUUUCAAACAACCGCCGAGUUUGUUUCGAAUUUUUCUUCUGUCGUUGUUUGGUGCGAAACACUUUUGCGCUUGCGCCGAGUGACGAGAGUGAACGACCAGUUCACCAACUCGUGAGAGUUGUUUUUGUUUUGUGGGACAGCACGAACAUUUCCCCCACAACUUCCGCCGUUGUCCGCGGAAGAACGAGAACACACAAACGGGACGAGUUAGACUUUCUCCCACGCAAAGAAGCGCCCCCAAUUUUUCUCCAACUUUCAAAACAAAAAACAAAAAAAUCCAAUUGCGUUUCCUUCCCGAAACUCGAAAUAUCCGAGUGGACACGCAAAAAAAAAAAGGGUUGAUCUUAUUAGAUUAUUAUUUUUUUUAAAUUUCUUCUACCGAGAAAAUCAUCUCCGGGAACGCUGAAACCGUACGAAAAUCGAAUCAACCCGAUCGCAAGUUCAAUGGGAAUUCUUCAAGGCGAUUCACCUACACCGGGGCCUGCUAUGUACUGGCAACCAUAUCACAACGAGGAGACGGCAUUACGGGCUCGCCCGUCGGCUGUAACGGUAGCCUCACUCGCCACCGACGGCCUCAAUAACAACAAUAACAAUAACGAAUCAACCGACACGAAAAUGAUUCAACAACAUCAAUCGAUCAGCAACAGCAACACGAUGUUGGAGUCGAACUUCUAUCAUCAUCUCGAUCAGCAACAGCGUCAUCAGCUGUUGCCCGUCCAGCAUCUGAUCAAAGAGGAGCGAGAUGAAUCGUCUGUAAGCGCUGAAGACGAAUCGAUCAAAACGAAGAAAGCUGCGACGCAAGAGCUUCCUCACGAAACCGGCUCGACGAGUGUCGAACAACAGCAAACGGGCGCGACUGCGACGACGACAGCGGUCGUUUGCGCCGGUUGCGGAUCCAAAAUCGCCGAUCGUUACUACCUGGUGGCCGUUGACAAGGCCUGGCACAGCGAGUGUCUCAGGUGCGACGAGUGCCGACGGCCUCUCGACACUGCCUUGUCCUGUUUUGCCCGUCAGUCGCGCAUCUACUGCCGCGAAGACUACCACAGGUUGUUUAGCGGCCGCAAACAGUGCGCCAAGUGCUGCGAGACACUGCAGCCAGACGAGUUGGUGAUGCGCGGUCGUGAACAUCUGUUCCACACGCGAUGCUUCAGCUGUCACGUCUGUCAGACCCAUUUGAUCAAAGGAUCCACUUUUGGCAUGGUUGGCGCGCUCAUCUAUUGCCAGCAACACUAUCAACAAGGAACCCAAUCAGCAUCGGGAUUCAGCCAUCACGGUGGCCGUGACAACAACAACAUCCAACACCCGUCAUUCCCCGUGCACAACGCGCCGGCAGAGGCUUACAUGACUCAUCACCAGGAGCCGUUUGGAAGUCCUCAUCAUCCGUACGAUCAUCACGGCCAUCAACAUUACGGCCAGCUCGUCCACCAAGCCAAUCCGUCGAUGGAGUCGAUGCUCGAAUCGAGUGCCGGCAAGUUGUACCACCAGAAUUCGCCCGUUUCCGGCUCUUCGGCUUCGUCAUUGAAGAACCAGCGGGUGCGCACCAAGCGGCGGAUGCAGCCGAGUAUCAAGUCGGACAUGCAGGCCAGUCUGAUGAAAGAGAGGGAAGACGAUUCGUACAUGAGCGUCGAUGGUGCCGGUAUGCUGGACACAUCAUCGUCGUCGCCUUGCUCUUCCAUGUUGAACGGUUGCGUGACGACGAUGGGCUCGAUGGGAGGCGCCAACGGCGUCCACCAACAACAACAGCAGGUCACGUCCCAGCAACAACAAAAGACGAAGCGUUUGCGGACGUCUUUCAAGCACCACCAACUGCGCAUGCUCAAGUCCUACUUCGCCACCAAUCACAACCCAGAUGCCAAGGACCUGAAGCAGCUCUCGCAAAAGACUACUCUUUCAAAACGCGUCCUCCAGGUUUGGUUCCAGAAUGCCAGAGCUAAAUGGCGUCGCCUCGUGCAGAAAACGGAAGGUGGUACCGGUGCUAACAGCGGCGUUAACGGUGGUCUUGGCAACAACGGCAACGGCCACAACAUGAGCAGCAGCAGUAGCAGCAGCAGCAGCAAUUGCAGUGGCAGCGGUAACGAGACCGGUUCUCCCGUCCCAUCGUCGUCCGCUUCGCCGUCUCACGUCCGUCAACUCAGCCACGGCCAUCAGCAGCAGCAGCCGAUGAUGAUGAUGGCCUCUUUCAUGGAACACCAACAGCACCAUCAUCAUCAGCAUCAUGCCAGACUGCAACCGCAUCACGUGAUGACGACGUCGAGCCGCAUGAGUCUUUACGAUGAAAUUUCUCUUAGCGGCAGCUCAAGUGUCGCCUCUGUCGGUUUUCCAUCGCCGCUUUGAAAAAUGUCAGGCAAAUUUCACAAGCAGUAGCCGUUUGGAAAAGAAAAAAAAAAGAAAUAAACAAUGGCAACUCAAAAGAAUCGAUGAUCAAACGCACAUAACGACGAUAGUAAUAUGAUAAACAUAAUCACGAAACACAAUAACAACAAAGACAAACAUGGACGCGUAGUAAAGUUAUCCUGUAUUUCUUCUUUUCUUGUGUCUGUGUGUUUACCUAUCCUUAUAAUUCCAGUUUUCCUACUUUUUUGUUUUUGUUUUUGCAUUGUAACGUCCUUAGAUCAUAUUCAUUUAUUUGAUAUGUCGCCUCUCAACGAAAAGAUGAUGUACAGAUUAUUAUUAUUACAAAUACAACUCCCCCCCCUUUUUUUUCGA